CGUCAGAAACCUGUCGAAAAAAAUUACGUUCUACAUUUUUAGUUGUUUAUAACCAUUUUAUAACCAUUCUAACGUUAAUAAAAAAAAUUGUGAUGUACCUCAAUAAAUUAAAUAUAUUAUGAAAUAGGAACCGAUUAACAUCCAAUUGUAUAACAAUUGAAUAAGUAAACAGGAAAUAAAAGUGAGGUCAUUAUCGUUCUAAUAUUACCACAUAAAGAUUCGUAAAUACGUACUUGUAGAAGAUGUAACACAAUGUAAAAAUCCAUACGUUAUUUUAAAUUAAUUUUCAAAGUAGUGUUUGCCAAAAACUUAAAAUAAAUGGACAAUUAAUGCUUGAAAAUGAAGUGGAUCACCCAUCUUGAAGGAGGACCUAAACGUGUAAAUCAUGCUGCUGUAAUAGUUGGUCACAAAAUUUACACAUUUGGUGGAUACUGCACAGGUGAAAACUCAAGAGAAUAUACAUCAAUGGACGUGCAUGUGUUAAAUACAAUCACGUUUCGUUGGAUGAAGCAUCCCAUUAGUGACUUAAAUUACUAUGAAAAUGAUGAUAUACUGCCUUUCAAACGAUAUGGUCAUACAGCAGUAGUUUAUAAAGAUAAAGUGUAUAUCUGGGGAGGCAGGAAUGAUAGAUCUUCAUGUUCAAAUUUGUUUUGCUUUAACACAACCUGGCACUGCUGGACAGCAACUAAGACCAGUGGGGACAUUCCUCUGGCAAGGGAUGGCCAUACAGCUGUUGUUUGGAAAAAUUACAUGUACAUAUUUGGAGGAUUUGAAGAAGAAAGUGAUUCAUUCACAAAUGCAGUUUUCUCACUUAAUUUGGAAACCAUGAGAUGGACAUACAUUCAGACAACAGGUAAAAUUCAUGCUUACAUUAUUGACUAAUAUUAGUAAUACAAG